AUGGCCACCAACUCGAGGUCGAACUCCAGGGCGACCUUCUCCAGCGAGAUCCACGACAUCGGCACGGUGCAGAACUCCGCCACGCCCAGCAUGGUGUACUACACCGAGCGGUCCAUCGCCGACUACUUCCCUCCCCACCUCCUCAAGAAGGUGGUGUCGGAGGUGGUGUCCACGUUCCUGCUGGUGUUCGUGACGUGCGGGGCGGCGGCGAUCAGCGCCCACGACGUCACGCGCAUAUCGCAGCUCGGCCAGUCGGUCGCCGGCGGGCUCAUCGUCGUCGUCAUGAUCUACGCCGUCGGCCACAUCUCCGGCGCGCACAUGAACCCCGCCGUCACCCUCGCCUUCGCCAUAUUCCGCCAUUUCCCCUGGAUUCAGGUCCCGUUCUACUGGGCGGCGCAGUUCACGGGCGCGAUCUGCGCGUCCUUCGUGCUCAAGGCCGUGCUCCACCCCAUCACCGUGAUCGGCACCACCGAGCCGGUCGGGCCGCACUGGCACGCGCUGGUCAUCGAGGUCGUCGUCACCUUCAACAUGAUGUUCGUCACCCUCGCCGUCGCCACGGACACCAGAGCGGUGGGUGAGUUGGCUGGGUUGGCUGUCGGUUCCUCCGUUUGCAUUACCUCCAUCUUCGCAGGGGCGGUGUCAGGUGGAUCGAUGAACCCGGCGAGGACGCUGGGCCCGGCGCUGGCCAGCAACCGCUACCCCGGCCUCUGGCUCUACUUCCUCGGCCCCGUCCUCGGCACGCUCUCCGGGGCCUGGACCUACACCUACAUCCGCUUCGAGGACGCGCCCAAGGACGGCCCCCAGAAGCUCUCCUCCUUCAAGCUCCGCCGGCUGCAGAGCCAGUCCGUCGCCGCCGACGACGACGAGCUCGACCACAUCCCCGUCUGA